GAAUAAAUAAAAGAAUAAUGCAAGAUGUCUAACAAGUUUGCUCUGAAUAAAUAUUGUAUCCUGUUUGGACUGCAUGUUGUUCACUUUUAUUAUUCUAUUUCUUGUAGAUGACAGAAAUUGAUGAGCACACAGAGAUGGAGGUUGAAUCAGUUGAACUUAGUAUUCAAGCAUCACACAAUCAUAAUGCAGUAAUUGUUGCACCAACAUCAAAACCACAAGAGGUACCAUUUUUAGCUCAAACAGAGGAUCAGGGAGGGGGACGAAAGGAAAUGGAACCAAGGUCAGAGAUAUGGCAACACUUCAUUAAGAUAAAAGAUGAUAAAGGUAUUGUUAAGACUGCUAGGUGCAAAUAUUGCCACCGAAACAUGAAGGCAGAAGCUGGCCAACAUGGCACAUCUUCUUUGAAGAGACAUUUUGUCGUUUGUAAGCGCAAUCCAAAUAAGUUCAAUAAAGAUCCAUCACAGUGUAUUCUACAAGCAACACAUUGUGAAGGUAUCAGCACUUUCAAGUUUGAUCAAGAAGCAUUAAGAUUGGCUUUCGCAGAAAUGGUCAUAGAAGAUGAGCAACCCUUUUGCUUUGGGGAAAAACCAGGAUUGAGGAAGUUUCUAUCCAAAGCUUGUCCAUGAUUUCAACCUCCAUCUAGAAGAACCUGUACUAGAGAUGUAGUGCGUUGUUUCUUCCAAGAGAAAGCUAAGCUAAAGAAAUUCUUCAAAGAUUCUUGUCAAAGGGUGUGCUUAACAACAGAUGGUUGGACUUCACAGCAACAGGAUAGCUAUAUGACAGUGACAGCUAGUUUUAUUGAUGAAAAUUGGAGGCUGCAUAAGAAAUUAAUUGGAUUUUUCAUGGUAAAGGGGCAUAAAGGUGAUGAUAUUGGAAGAAAUGUGCUGAGAUGCAUGACUGACUGGGGUUUACAGAGAGUUAUGACAGUAACAGUGGACAAUGCAAGCGCUAAUGACAAUUGUAUUGGGUAUUUGAAGAGGCACUUGACCAAAACCAAUGUAGCUGGUGACAAGUACUUGCAUAUGAGGUGUGCAGCACACAUUGUUAAUCUCAUCGUGCAUGAUGGACUAAAAGAAGUAGACCUCUCUGUGAAGCGUAUUAGAGCUGUUGUGAGAUAUAUUAGAAAUGGUGGUUCAAGGAUUAUCAAAUUUAAAGAGCUUAUAGAGGAAGAGAAGUUGAACAACAAGCAAUUUUUGAAGAUUGAUGUACCAACAAGAUGGAACUCCACAUUUCUCAUGCUAAAAGCUGCUCUUGUUUACGAGAAGGUGUUCACAAGGCUAGCUGAUGAAGAUAUGAGUUAUGUGAAUGACCUAUCUGAAGAAAAGGAUGGUUAUGGUCACCUAGAGGAACAUGACUGGCAAAAUGCAAAGAACAUGGCUGAUUUUCUAGAACACUUCCAUGACCUUACUGUUCGUGUUUCAGCCACAAACCAUAUAACUUCUCAUACUUUGUUUCAUGAGAUUGGAGAAGUUCAUUUGUUGGUUCAAUCAUGGCUAAAUAGUGAGGAUGUUUUCCAAGCAUCAAUGGUCAAAAGAAUGAAGGAGAAAAUUUAUAAAUACUGGGGACUUUGGCACACUAGCAAAAACAUCGAUGGGAAUGCCAAUGAUAAGGAGAAAGGGAGAGGAAAGGGAAAGGGGAAGGAAACAUGAAUUUACUCAUCUUUGUUGUUGGUUGUCUUGAUCCAAGAUACAAGUUAUCUAUGUACACAAAGAUAACUGUUGAAGAGAUAUUUGGUGAGGAAAGGGGGCAAGUAGUUUGGGAAGCUAUUAAUAAUUGUGUUCAUGACCUUUUUGAAGAAUACAUGAAAUUAUAUUCUUCAAGUGAAGAGACAACUGAUGUAAGUGAUUCAAUUGCAUCAAAGGGAGGUAGAGGAAGGAAACUGAAAGAAGUAAUUGCUAAAAGGAUGAAGCUAGGAACUGGUUCUAAUAGCAAUAACAAGUCUGAACUUGAUAAAUAUCUUGCUGAAGAAACUGAAGACACAGAAAUGAAGCCUGACCUUCUAGUGUGGUGGAAGGCAUCUGAGCAAAGGUUUCCGAUUCUAUCUCGCUUAGCUCGUGAUGUGCAUGCUAUACCAAUCUCAAGUGUAGCUUCAGAGUCAGCUUUUAGCACAGGUGGACGCAUUUUAGAUGACUUUUGCAGCUCUCUUACUCCAUUCAUGCUAGAAGCUCUAGUUUGUACACAGGAUUGGCUAAGAUGGACAAUACCAGUUGACAUUACAGAGAAUAUUGAAGAACUAACCAAGUUGGAAGAAGAAUUGUUUGAAGAAUUCGGGAAAGUGAAACAAGCUGCAAGUUCAAAGACAAAUGUGACAAUCAGAAUCGAAAGCAACUCUAUUGAUCUUGGAACAUCUACAAUUUAAUAAAAAAUGUAGAUUGUGACUUCGUUUGUGUCUGGCUCACUUGUUAUGUUUGUGUCUGACUCAAGUGGUUUAAGACUUUAAAUAUGGUACUAUUUUAUAGUGUGUUGUACGCUUCUGCUAGUGUGUUGUGCCUGUGCACUUGUUUUACAUUGUGACAUUGUCUGGUUCAAGUCUAUGGCAGUGACCAGUGAGCAGCAAGUCUACUGGUACUUUUGUCAAAAUAUAUGUGAAAAUAGUAACGCUAUAAUGUUGUUUGAUUCCUGGUAUUUUUUUAAAAAAAAUACAUGUGCAAAUAUUUGAUG